CGCAUCACGGCGGUCGACUGUGGCCUCAAGUACAACCAGGUGCGGUGCCUGUGCGAGCGGGGGGCGGCCGUCACCGUGGUGCCCUGGGACCAUCCGCUGGACACCGCAGACUUCGAUGGGCUCUUCAUCAGCAACGGCCCCGGGGACCCGCAGCUCUGCCAGGAGACGGUGUCCAGCUUGCGCCGGGUGCUGGAUGCCCCCCAGCCCAAGCCCGUCUUUGGGAUCUGCCUGGGGCACCAGCUGCUCUCCCUGGCCCUCGGCGCCCGCACCUACAAGAUGAAGUACGGGAACCGUGGGCACAACCAGCCCUGCCUCCAGACCCUCAACGACACCGAGUACUUCCUGCUGCGGCGCACGGCCGUGAAGGUGGUGCAGCACCUGGGCAUCGUGGGCGAGUGCAACAUCCAGUUUGCCCUGAACCCCGAGUCCGAUGUCGAGUUUGACUGGUGUGCCGUCGGCUGCAUACAGGAACUCCGCAAGAUGGGCUUCAAGACGAUCAUGGUGAACUACAACCCCGAGACGGUGAGCACUGACUAUGACAUGUGCGACCGCCUCUACUUCGAUGAGAUCUCCUUUGAGGUGGUGAUGGACAUCUACGAGCUGGAGAACCCCGAGGGCGUGAUCCUGUCCAUGGGUGGGCAGCUGCCCAACAACAUCGCCAUGGCCCUGCACCGGCAGCAGUGCCGCAUCCUGGGCACCUCCCCGGAGGCCAUCGACUCGGCCGAGAACCGCUUCAAGUUCUCCCGCCUGCUUGACUCCAUCGGCAUCAGCCAGCCCCUCUGGAAGGAGCUCUCCGACAUGGAGUCGGCCAAGCACUUCUGCUGCAAGGUGGGGUACCCCUGCGUCGUGCGCCCCUCCUACGUGCUGAGCGGCGCUGCCAUGAACGUGGCCUACUCGGACAGCGACCUGGAGAAGUUCCUGAGCAACGCCGUGGCUGUGUCCAAGGAGCAGCCCGUUGUCAUCUCCAAGUUCAUCCAGGAGGCCAAGGAGAUUGAUGUGGAUGCGGUGGCCUGCGACGGCGUGGUGGUGGCCAUCGCCAUAUCGGAGCACGUGGAGAACGCCGGGGUGCACUCGGGCGAUGCCACGCUGGUGACGCCCCCCCAGGACAUCACCCCCAAGACACUGGAGCGCAUCAAGGCCAUCGUCCACGCUGUCGGGCAGGAGCUGCAGGUCACCGGGCCCUUCAACCUGCAGCUCAUCGCCAAGGACGACCAGCUGAAGGUGAUCGAGUGCAACGUCCGAGUCUCCCGCUCCUUUCCCUUUGUCUCCAAGACCCUGGGGGUGGACCUGGUGGCUCUGGCCAGCCAGGUGAUCAUGGGUGAGGAUGUGGAGGCA